AAUCUGUUUAACCCAAUAACGCUCAGCGUAUGAUAUAUCAUACAUCAAACACUUCAGGCUUUGAGGUUAGAUAAUAAAGUCAAGAAAACAAACAGCGCUGCGUUUCUUGUGUUCACUGAUUUAUUUAUCUUCACUUUUAAUAUUGAAGUAGUGCUAGUGAGUGAUUUUUCAAUUUAGCUGAUAUUACCAACAAUUCUGGCUCCCAAUAUUUGGAAUGAUCAAAAUGUCUUUGACUCGAUUCAGCAUAUACAGGAUGGUGCAGUAACACAAUGAAUAUAUACAUAUAAAGUAUGCAACAAAAAAUAUUUGUACAUAUCACGAGUAAACGUGAUUAUUAUUAUUCAUAUCACAAAAAUCAGUCUCAGAAAAAUAGAUACAACAAAUAUAAAAACAAAUAUUGAAUUAUUAAAAAAGCUGCAAAAAAAUAGAAAAUAACUAAUAAAGUAAAAAAUCUGUUAAUUAAUGUCGGACAGAGGAGGGGGAAUAUCGUGAAGGAAGGAUAAUAAUUGAGAAACCAAAGAGGUUAAAUAAUUUUGAGUAUUCAUUUUAUGUUUAUCCAUGUAGAAUGUAUUGUUUCAUUUUUAUGUUUAUACAUAUUUUAUUAUAUGUUAUUCAUUUUGAUCAUGUCUUAUUCUAUUCCCAUUCUGAAAUAUCAAUGUCAAUUCUUACUUACAAUUUGAAAAUCGUACCACCCAAUUUCAUAUAUUUCAACCAAUGGAUUUGAUUCUAAAGAGACCACAGACUACUAACCCCCUGGACGGUUCACGCAGGUUACAUGGCCUUCAACCUCUUUUUAGUACCGAUACCAAACUGAAGAUGUCUCUCUACUCACAGUGUGAAGAAAAAGAAGAACGGAGAAAUGUGAUCUGUGAAUUUUCGGUAGAGUUUGAGGUUACUUAUUUGAGUUUGAAUUUUGAAUUAUUGUUGUUGUUGAAUUGUUUCGUUGAGAAUGUAAGUGCUAAUAAAUACGGUUUCAUCAUGGUUUAUCACAACAAGUGUAGUGUUUCCCAAUGCAAAAGUGACUCUAAAAUUAGGCAUAGAUUUCCUAAUCCAAAUAAGGAAUUGAGCCGUUUCAAGGAAUGGAUUCACGCAAUCAAUAAUGUUGAGCUGAUGGAAAUGGAUCCCAAGAAAGUUUAUGAUUCGAAAAGAUUGUGUCAUGACCACUUUGAAGCAGCGUAUGUUUCUGGAUGGUCGCACAAGUUGUUUUCUAAUGCUGUUCCGACACUCAAUCUUUUCUGCCCAACUCAAUCCAGCUCCCUUGAUAUUCGGAAUACUCCAUCAUCAUCCAAAUCAAUUGAAUAGGAAUCAAGCAGUUCUAACCAACUGUGUGGACUUGAUUUGGAUGAACCAAAAACUUCUGAUUAUAUUGAAGGUAAUGGAUACAAAUACAGUAUUACAACUUAACAUUCAAUCUCAUCUUGGGUUAGUGCUUAAUUUCAACAAGUCCAAACCAUCAUUAUGAGUUAAGUGUCACAUGUUUUAAGAAAUCGAUCUUUUCUGUGAAAAAACAAUCAUAUGUAGCAUGCACCAUAUUGAAUAAUGAAUAUAUUUUUUAGGCACAACUCAAUCCAGCUCUCUUGAUAUUCGGGAUACUCCAACAUCAUCCAAAUCAAUUGAACAGGAAUCAAGCAGUUCUAACCAACUUUGUGGACUUGAUUUCGAUGAACCAGAAACUGCUAAUAAUAUUGAAGGUAAU